AUGUCUUGCUGUGGAGGAAACUGCGGUUGUGGAUCUGGCUGCAAGUGCGGCAAUGGAUGCGGAGGUUGCAAAAUGUACCCGGACUUGGGAUUUUCCGGCGAGACGACAACAACUGAGACAUUUCUGUUCGGAGUUGCACCGGCGAUGAAGAAUCAGUACGAGGCUUCCGGCGAGAGUAUCAUCGCUGAGAACGAUGCUUGCAAGUGUGGAUCUGACUGCAAGUGUGACCCUUGCACCUGUAAAUGA